AUGCCGCGUUCGCGACCGGAAGCGUUCGAGCUGAUGGUCGAGGCCGAGAAGCCCUCCAAGUGCAUCAGGUUUCUACGUUUCCUGUGGAAGUUCUUCAGAUGCGUUUUUUCCCACGUGUCGUUGGUUUCGUUGGUCGUGCUCUACUGUCUGAUCGGCGCGUACGCGUUCGAGGCCCUCGAGGCCACCCACGAGAAAGAGAUCAAGAAGAGCAUUAAAGACAUCAGAGGGAACGUAGCAGAGCAGCUAUGGAAGAUCACGAAGGAGGUAGAGGUUCUGAUUCGUGAAAAUUGGACGGACAAAGCGUUACGUGAAUUAAAGAGCUUCGAGAACAACCUCGUGUGCAUGAUGGAGAAGGAGGGUUGGGAUGGCAGCGAGGGCGAGGAUGACAUCCAAUGGACCUUUGCUGGCGCUCUCUUUUACUCCAUCGUCGUCAUUACUACCAUUGGGUACGGUCACAUCGCACCGAAGACUAAGAACGGGAAAGUGGUCACCAUAUUCUAUGCUAUCGUUGGGAUUCCCCUCAUGUUGCUUUGCCUCUCCAACAUUGGCGAUAUUAUGGCUUCGAGUUUCAGAUUUUUAUACUGGAGAGUUUGCUGUUACAUAUGCACGAAACCACCAAGAAAAAGGCGACCAAGAAGCCAUUUCGUCAGAUCAUAUUCCAUGAAACAACCAGGGCGAUACGGUGGAAGCAGGGGUGGCUUUGGAAGAUCCAUUAGGGUGAGCCAGAGAUCUGCAGACUCAGCUCUGGGUUUGUCCGAAACCUUGACCAGAUCAUCGUACUUUGACGUAGAUAAUAAGUACAAUGUACGUCGAUACGAAGAUUCGGAACUCAAGAGACCGAGCUCUUUUUAUCCAUCUUCGGCAAAUCCAAAUUUUGGAUUUAAAUCCGCGACAGUGUCCAGAUAUUCGGAUUUACCGAUGGUAAAAUCAAGCAGAGCUAGCCCCAAGAUGACGACGCAAUCGUUAGACAGGAAGUUGCUAAUGCGUUCGCCGAAUGACACUGAUCGUUCUCCGGUUUUGUGCAACCAAUAUGCAUUGGAUGAUUUGGAGGAUGAAUUACGACGCUGGCACUCUUCCGCUGAAAACAAAACUGACUUAGGCAAUACAAGCAAAUCUCGGGUGGAACCAGAAGCGGCAGAAACCCUGGAAAAUGUGGAGAAACAAGCGCCAUUAGUGACGAGGUCGUUGCCCAGAAGAUGCUUAUCCAUGGAAGGUGCGACUAGCAACUACAGGACGAACCUGGCACAGCCUUUACGGCCGUCGCCCACUUACUUGGAACUAGAGAACUCCAGAAGAUCCCAGUUUUCAAGAAGUAGACGUUAUAAAACUAAUUAUCCCACUGCUCGCUCUUAUAGAAGAGACACAUUGCCAUCGGAUAUAAUGUCCUCAGCUGGAUUUUCUGCGCACAGACAAGUAUACAUAGACGAUUUUGACUCAGAUUAUGAGUACCACGUAAACGACGAUCAGGAAAGGCAGCCAAUAAAGCCGGUACCAAUAUGGUUAUGCGUCUUCCUGGUAGUUAGUUACAUUUUUGGUGGCGCUUUCUUAUUUAGCGCUUGGGAACAUUGGCCAUUCCUCGAUUCUGCAUAUUUUUGCUUUAUUACUCUCACUACCAUAGGAUUCGGUGACUUCGUUCCAGCGUACAAGCUGGAUGCGCACAAAGGGAUCGCGGUUUGCUCGUUGUACUUGUUAUUUGGAAUUGCUUUGCUGGCGAUGAGCUUUAAUCUGGUGCAAGAGGAGGUCAUCAACAACGUGAAGAACGUCGCGAAGAGGCUCGGGAUCAUCAAAGAGAGUGACGACGAGGAAGAUGCCGACGACUACGACGCGUACGACGUCGAAUACAACGACGAGGUUGACAACGAGCUCGAGGGCUACGUUCUCGAUACUCCUCGAUGUCACUCGAUGACUAGGAACGUUCGCGGAAUUUCCGACGCCUAGCCAACUUCCGACACCCGAAUCUUCAUUCAUUCGCCAAAUAUACUUACCUUCCUUUCUCCAGUUUGUCCCUUUCUUCUUCAUCUUUUCUCUUUCUUCUUCGUUUUCUCUAUUCCCUUUCCUCUUCCUGUUUCGGUUGUUCUUCUUUUCUUCGUCCUUGGAAAUUGGACGAUGUCCGAACGAAACUGAAAUGUCUGAACGUCUUACGAUUGUAUACUCUCGGUCAAAAAUUUGCAGCAACUUUAUUUCUGGAACGAAGCAUGUUUUUGAAGAAUGUAAUCGACUAUUGGCUUAUUAUUAUUUGCAGACUGCGAAAGUUCAUGCAAAUUCACAUCUUUAUGAAUACAGUUACAGGAAUGGAACUUAAAUAGAGGUUCAUUUCAUUGUCUAAGUAUCAUAACAGGUAUUUUACUUUAAAUAUUUCGUAUGUUUUUAUAUCUCAUACGUAUCACGAUACUAUUUCGCAACUCGAGUAACAUGCAACAAACUGGAAAAACCCUUGCACCGAAUCAGGGAUUCCCCGGUCUAACAAUCAACGUAAUCGACACUCCAAUCUUCCUUUCUCUAAGGCGCUGCUUUCCCAUUCACUAACUUAAAAAUCAUAAUCAACAUUCAUUAUCAUUCGUGAUAUUAUAUUUAUAUAUGUCAAAACGUUCUGAUUACAAAAUCAUCUUCUACUAUUUUCUCAAAAUUCCGCAUUCAACUUUGUUAUUAUAAUUUUAAUUAUGAAUAGAACCCUAAUUUAUAAUAACACUGUGUAAAACAAGUCACGAAUGCAGUGAAGAAUAUAACAAAAUUAAAUAUUUCUCUGGAAAAUAUUACUGUUCCUCUCAGAAAUGUCCCCCUUUGUAAAUAUUCCAACGUGGAUUACGAUAACUUGAUC